AUGGGCGCCAACUACGACCUCACGCCCGCCGCGCACGGCGACAACAUCACCGCCUCCACCAUCGCCACGCUCGACGUGCCCGACGCGGUGGAGCCGUCAGCUGACCGCGGCUGGCUGAUCAACCCCGCGGACUGCCCUGCGUGGGCGAUCGUCCUCGCCAUCGUCCCCGCCCUCAUCCUGACCGUCCUCUUCUUCUUCGACCACAACGUCUCCUCUCUCCUCGCGCAGGCGCCCGAGUAG